UCACAAAUAAAGUGUUCUGCAGACUCAAGGUUUAUACUUACAUUUACGAGACUUAUAUUUACAUCAGUCUCUUUGGCUGGUGGGUGGGGGUGAGAGGCUCUUCCUGGAUUCCUUAUUUUCUACAGGAGAGGAGGAAAACACCUGGGAUGCUCCAAUGCUCUUACGCAGAUAAUGAUCAUUAACUUCAGCCUCUCUGAUCAAAGAGCUACUCGACCCCACGCUGACUGUAGUGUGACAUUCCUGCCUGCCUGAGGAAGAAAUGGUGAGCAGGGGCUGUAAUUGCAGACAAGUGUCACCCAGAAGCCACAAGUUUCUGUGAGCACCAGAUCUACAAACUACCCAAGGCAUAGCAAUGGCAUUAUCACUGGAAGAAUUCGUCCACUCUCUUGACCCCAGGACCCUACCCAGGGUUCUAGAAAUCCAGGCAGGCAUCUAUUUUGAAGGCUCUAUUUAUGAAAUGUUUGGAAAUGAAUGCUGUUUUUCAACAGGAGAAGUGAUUAAAAUUACUGGUCUCAAAAUUAAGAAGAUCAUAGCUGAAAUUUGUGAGCAGAUGGAAGGUUGUGAGUCUCUACAGCCAUUUGAACUGCCUAUGAAUUUUCCAGGUCUUUUUAAGAUCGUGGCUGAUAAAACUCCGUACCUUACUAUGGAAGAAAUCACAAGGACCAUUCAUAUUGGACCAAGUAGACUAGGGCAUCCUUGCUUCUAUCAUCAGAAGGAUAUAAAACUAGAGAACUUCAUCAUAGAGCAGGGUGAGCAAAUCAUGCUCAACUCAGUUGAAGAGAUUGAUGGAGAAAUAAUGGUGAGCUGUACAGUAGUAAGGAAUCAUCAAAAUCACUCAUUUAAUUUGCCUUUGUCACAAGAAGGAAAAUUCUACGAAUGUGAAGAUGAACGUAUUUAUACUUUAAAGGAGAUUGUUGAAUGGAAGAUUCCUAAGAACAGAACAAGAACUGUAAAACUUACAGAUUUUUCAAAUAAGUGGGACUCAUCAAAUCCGUUUCCUAAAGACUUUUAUGGUACCCUGAUUCUCAAGCCUGUUUAUGAAAUUCAAGGUGUGAUGAAAUUUCGAAAGGAUAUAGUCCGCAUCCUCCCCAGUCUAGAUGUCGAAGUCAAAGACAUCACUGAUUCUUAUGAUGCUAACUGGUUUCUUCAGCUGUUAUCAACAGAAGAUCUUUUUGAAAUGACCAGUAAAGAGUUCCCCAUAGUAACUGAAGUCAUAGAAGCACCUCAAGGAAAUCACCUGCCCCAAAGCAUUUUACAGCCUGGGAAAACAAUUGUGAUCCACAAAAAGUACCAGGCAUCAAGAAUCUUAGCUUCAGAAAUUAGAAGCAAUUUUCCUAAAAGACACUUCUUGAUCCCCACUAGCUAUAAAGGCAAGUUCAAGCGGCGACCGAGGGAGUUCCCAACGGCCUAUGACCUAGAGAUCGCUAAGAGUGAAAAGGAGCCUCUUCACGUGGUGGCCACCAAAGCCUUUCAUUCCCCUCAUAACAAGCUGUCAUCUGUAUCUGUUGGGGACCAGUUUCUGGUGCAUCACUCAGAGACAACUGAAGUCCUCUGUGAGGGAAUAAAAAAAGUAGUGAAUGUUCUGGCCUGUGAAAAAAUCCUCAAAAAGUCCUAUGAGGCAGCACUGCUCCCUUUGUACAUGGAAGGAGGUUUUGUAGAGGUGAUUCAUGAUAAGAAACAGUACCCGAUUUCUGAGCUCUGUAAACAGUUCCGCUUGCCCUUCAAUGUGAAGGUGUCUGUCAGGGAUCUUUCCAUUGAAGAGGAUGUGUUGGCUGCCACACCAGGACUGCAGUUGGAGGAAGACAUCACAGACUCUUACCUACUCAUAAGUGACUUUGCCAACCCCACGGAGUGCUGGGAAAUUCCUGUGGGUCGCUUGAAUAUGACUGUUCAGUUAGUUAGUAAUUUCUGUAGGGAUGCAGGACCAUUUCUAGUCAGGACUCUGGUAGAAGAGAUCACUGAAGAGCAGUAUUACAUGAUGCGGAGAUAUGAAAGCUCAGCCUCACACCCCCCACCUCGCCCUCCCAAACACCCUUCAGUAGAGGAAACAAAGUUAACCCUGCUAACCUUAGCAGAAGAAAGGAAGGUGGACCUGCCCAAGUCUCCCAAGCGUCAUCACGUAGACAUAACCAAGAAACUUCACCCAAAUCAAGCUGGCCUGGAUUCGAAAGUACCAGUUGGUAGUCAGAAUGAUUUGGUGGAUGAAGAGAAAGAGAGGAGCAACCGUGGGGCCACGGCAGUAGCAGGUACUGAUGUGACUAUAGAAACAUUCAAGAAUGAAAAACAUCAAAAAUAACAAGAUGUGACAGAAGCCACUUAGGCAACAAACAUAAAUGUUGGAGGGAAAAAAGAAGCUAGCUUUCUAGCUGAAAAACAAAUAUUCCCCAAUGGACUCCAGAAGAAACUUGACUCAUCGCUGCAAAGGAGAGAACAACCUUAAAACUUUUAACAGAUAAAACUUAGAGAAACCUAAGAUAUAAAAUUUGUAUAGUCUAUUCUGUUGUGUCUAAAUCUGUAUGUAUUGUUUUGUUGUUCUUUAGGACAUAUUUAUUUAACGUGCACAUUUUUUUUCAGGUUCUUAUUUCCACUACCAACAACUAAGUAAUUGAGAAAUAAUUUUGUAUUUCAGUUUCUGAGUAAAACCAGUCUGAAAUAGGAUAAAAGCUCACCAAAUAUUUUCUUUUUUGCCCAGAAUUUGUUUUGCCAUUUUUUUAGUGCUAUCAUCAUUCCUAACAAGACUAACUUACAGAAAAAUAAUUAUAUCUGAGUGAUUUAAAAUGUCCAGGUUUCUUAUCCAAAUCCCUUGGAACUGGGAUCCCUACCCAUCAAGGGUGGAAGGGAGUUUGACUUCACAUUCACAGUGUAUUUACAAAAUACACUUUGUAAUAAAUAUGUUUGAAUUCCAACAACCAAAGCCAUUGAGAGUCAUAGGAGUUUUCCAUAACCUCUUCUAUGACCCAACAACAAGUUCAUGACUGAAAUUUCACCGGAUUUCUGAGAAGAUGCCUUAGUAUUUUAUGUACUGUAUACCACACAAUUCUUUAGAUGAAUGUUUCUUAGGAUUGCAGGAAAAUUAUCUAGUUAAUCAUAAUAUUUGAUGUAAAGAAAAAGGCAAUAAAAUUGUAAUGAGAUAUAAUAAAUUUGGCUGACAAUAAACCAAAGUGAUUCUUAAUUAGUGUACAUUAGAAUGAUGCUCUUAUAGUUGCAUCAUCUAUAAAAAUUACUUUAAGAGCUCUCACAUUUUGAUAAUUUAUCUUAUUAUGUAUUAAGUAUACAGGAGCAAUAUUAUUUUUCCUCUAACAAAAUGAAGAGACAGGCUAUCUGGUUAAUGUUACACAGGAAUUUAAUAGUAACACUUAAACUUCAUCCAUAGAUCAUACUCUGUACAAAAUCUGUUAGCUAACAUCCUAUCUCAUAAUUAUUUUAUGUUACUUGGAGAAAUUUGUUGGUUUUGUACCAAAGUGUUUCUGAAGACAAUAAAUUGUGAGUCAGCUUUUGAACAAAAAAAAUUACAGUUAGAGUUUUUUGAAUGUUUAUAUUCUAAUUAAGCUCACUUUACCUUACUUUUUUUCUAAGUGAUAAUUAAUCCUGAUUUCUAAUGUCCUAAAUAUUGCUUAGUGAUUUGAUUGUGGUAAUAUCAUUUCUUAUCUACAAUGUCUAAACUUUUAUGGGAUAGUUUUACUUUUAUUUAUUUUGCCUGUUUGUGCAGAUUAGAGCAGAAACUUUUCUAAGCCCCACAUUUGGUUAUUGAAGGCCACAGCGAAUCUUAACCUGACAACCUUGGCAAACUGCACCUUAGGUAAUUUUAGACUCAUAUAAUUUGUUAUUUUUCAAGUAAUAGUGAAUAAUUAAUAUUUUCAUUUGGAAUAUGAGAAUGAUUAAAUUUGUACUUUUGAUAGGUAUCAUUCUUUGAUUAGAAAAUUAAGAGAAUGCAUAUCUUCCUUUGGCCGUAAAUUAUCAAGGGCUUUCUAAUGGAAAUCAUAUAUAACAUUUCUAAAUAUAAGUCCUUUCACAUACUGCGUUUCCAGUUGUCUUGAUAUUGAAAAGUGUAAUAAACUGCAUGCUCACUUAUUGGAGAUUUGGGAAGGUUGAAAAUAAAUUUCCUAAUUUUUAUUUGUAUGUGUUCUCUUCUAUGUUUAACUCUAGGAUAACUAUCUUCCUGUAACAAUUAGGUUAAAAUAGUCUUUAACUAGGAUUGAAAUAAAUUGUUCACUAAGGAGGGGAUUGCUUGUGCUAAAAAAAAAAAAAAAAAAAAGCCAGGAGGAGAGAGAUUUCCUUCCUGCCCUCUCCAUCCCCUAUGGACUUACAGUGCUGAGCUCAAUCAUAAUGACCAAAUUUCACAGCAUGGUCAAGUUGCAUAGACAGGGGCCAAGACUACGAAUUGUUAAUACUGGCUUCUUCCUAAUGGAAUCAGCCAAGCAAUUUUGGAAAAGGCUGUCAGAAAGGAGUGAGAAAUGGAAAGAGGAAAAUGUGAUUGUUGAGAUAGGCUAGUUCAACUCUUGCGUACGGGAUUUUAAUAUAAAAACUGUUUGUUUUAAGAUCAGAGUCAAUAUGUAAUGAGAAUUUUAGGUGUUUAUCCAACGGUUCUUGGUUCAAGUUGCCUCUAAAAGGAAAAAAAUGUGUAAAACGCUGGGGGAAGUCAGAAUUAGGAUCUAAUUAUAACCCCGAUAGGCUGGAAUACUAAAAAUGAAAUCCAAUAGAAUAAAAGUAUUCUUUUGACUUUACCAUGAAAAUAUUUCCACAAUUGUAAAACUUCUGACUGUUUCUACUUCUACUGCUGUGGUCCAAACUCAGUCAUCUCUGUUGGAUUAUUGCAAAAAUCCUGUAACAAUUCUUCCCGUUCCUGCCCUUCCUACCUAUCAAUCUAUUCUGAUUGUGAGAACCAGAAUGAUCUCAUUAAAAUAUAUGCUAUUAUUACACACCACAGUCAUGUCCUACCUCAUUCAGACUAAAAACCAAAAUUCCUAAAAUGAUCCACAAAGGUGUACCCAAUCUAUUCCCGUUCUGUCUCUGGACUCUUCCUAUUCAUUUUGCUCAAGUCAUACUGAUCUUCCCAUUUGAUGUGGUUUGGCUGUGUCCCCAUCUAAAUCUCGUCUUGAAUUGUAGUUCUCAUAAUCCCCACAUGUCAUG